UAUUCGUGUUACAAAUUAUCCAAAGCUGGAUGAUACAAGAAAAUCAGACGUAUGUUACCAAAAAUUAUGAUUGUAAGCAAAGUGGUGAAUAUAUUAAAUUGAGAACACUGAUUUCAACUUUGAACUGGUUUCCCUAAAGAACUAAACGUAAGGACUAGAAUUAAGGGAACUAUACCUCUACGAAUCGUAAUCAUACUAAUGACUUUUAGGGAGAGAGUAUUUGUAACAUUGUAUGAAGAAACAUGUUUCAAUAACUCUCGAUUAAUAAGUGAAUAUAUUUAUGACUUUGAAAACUAGAAUAGUUUGAAAAAUAGAUGAACAUAAGAUUACUUAUGCAGUUCAGAAUAAAGAACAAAUUUACGUAAAGAUGUAGAUUCUACAUAUCAGAUAUGGAAAUACGCUCCAUGAUAAAAUUAAAUAAGCGGGUAUGGAAUGCUGAAUCAAAAUAUAUCAACUUCAAUCAAGGAAUUGAAAUCACACCCAGGUGUAUUCAGAUUCUGAAGAUUCAUAAACAUUUAAAUUACAGAUGGGAUUCUCAUUAAGAACUAUUAUUUACCGUGUGACUAAACAGCAGGAAGAAAAUAGGACAAUCGCAAGUUCCACGAAUCCAUAUCUACUGCAUGUUAGUUUCAUACAUUUUUCAAAAAAAGCUGUUUAUAAGAUAAAUUUUAUCUUCAUUUAUGCCACUGAUAUAAUGCAUUUAUCUUGAAGGCAGAGCGAUGUGACAAAUAACGUUACUCUAAGUGUUUCUGUCUUUGAUCUUACGGUGUUUCUUAAUUAGCAUAUGUAUAUUUCACAACUAGCCACAGUAAUAUGUUGUAUGAUAUUUUGUUCUGUUUUGUAUCAGGUUGUUCGUCUACUUAGUAGUGAUUUCUGUCUGACUAUGAGCAAAAUGUUGUAACUACGCAACUGUGAUAUUCCGAGCCAACUAAGUGCGUGAGUCUUUAUCUGUUUCAUAAUCUUUGAAACCACUGGUAAGCAUUAUAAACUAUUAAAAUAGACCGAUAGUUCACAGCAGAGUGAUCAGAAUUAAAUUAUCUAGUUUUCACUGGUGAUCGAACAAGCUUGCAGUAUGGCUACUUUAUAGGAGUGCUUUAACACCAAAGUGCACUACCCUUUCUUUUGAAUGCCUUGGACUGAUCACCAUGAUACCCUUGUCCUUUUCUUCACUUCCACGGGUUAUGAAACUUUUCUUAAUGACAAACGACAACACGGAUCAAUUAUAGAUUCAGCUCUUCAUCCUGAUUGUCUUCAACCAUUCAGUAUCAAAUCAAGUAUCUGUGCUUGACGACUAAGGUAAUUCAUUCUUAACAGAUUUAUUUAAAUCCUGGGUGCACAGACUUGUGUCCUUUUAACUGUAGUCUAAGCUAUUACGUCACCACUUUGAGAAACUAUAAAACAAUUCUGGCCACGCACUGAUCACUAGAAGCCAAUUAGACUCAUCUGAAACUCGAGAAAUAUUUCAAAAUAACUGGAAUACCAUUCCACAUACUAGAAAUGUUGAUUGCCAAAAAUAGAUUCCAGGAAAACCUGAGGUUACAUUUAGGUAGUUCUGAAAAAGAGGCAGACCCAUAUAUUGCUUGGGAAGAUAUACGAACAGCUGUGGAAACAACAGCGACAUCUAUUAGUGAUUUAAACCAAAGGGUUGCGAAAAACCAUUGGAUUUCUACUAAGUCUAUUGCACUGAUGGAUCCUCGUAAACUCAUCCCAUCAGGCUCUGAACACAAUGAAGAGCGAAAACAAGUCAGAUGUGGGUUAACCAAAAGUCUGAGAAACAGCUGUGAAGUGGUGGGCAACAAAAGCAAGAGAGAUGGAAAACACAGCGGCUGUAGGCAACACAAAACAAAUUUUCAGACUAGUAAAAGAAACUGGAACUAAGAAAUCAAGUGUGAGACGAUCUCGGGAAAAGACACUCUUAUCUGCUCUAAGCCCAGACGUCUAGAACGGAACAUUUUAAGGAACAGUUCAGCUGGUCUUCAGCUAUUCUACAACUACCCACCAUUCUCUAACAGCUUGAAUGGAACAUUGACGUAGGUCCCCCGACUCUAAUUGAAUUUCAGAAAGCUGUAGCUAAUCUGAAACGAGCAAUAUAAGCUAGUCCAGAUGGAUUGGCUCGAGAUGUCUUUAAAAUUGGUGGUCCAGAUUUAUCGAUUAGGUUGACUAAUAUUUUAGCUAAAAUCUGGGAGUUGGAUGUAGUACCCUCCAACCGGUCGCAAUCACUAAUUGUCCCAAUAUAUAAGAAGGGGUAAAAGCCAUCCUGCGAUAACCAUAGAGAGAUUAGUCUGAUUAAUAUGGCAUCUAAAAUACUAUCCUCAAUAAUUAUCGGACGCCUAACAAAGACACAUGAACUGCAAACACGAGAGAAUCAAGCUGGCUUCAGACCUGGUCGUGGAUUCAUCAACCACAUAUUCACCAUAAGUCAGGUUCUAGAACACAGGCAUGCUUACCGACGUCCGACAAUGGUGGUCUUUCUUUUUUUAAAAGCAGCAUUUGACUCUUCAGACCGUUCUGUGGUAGUGUCUGUCAUUGAAAGGCGUACCUCAGAAGUACAUAAACUUAGUGAAGGCUCUUUACUCGAACAUUACCAGUCAAGUCAGAGCUUAUGGCGAACUGUCAUCUGAUUUCGUAAUCUCAAGUAGCGUCCUUCAAGGCUGUCUACUAUCUCCAUUUUUGUCCAACUUCAUCAUAGACCUACUGUUGGAAAUAACGUUCUCGUCUUCUAAACUUUCAAAAAUUGGUCUCCUUCCAGGAGGUCCACUUAUCGACUUAGAAUACUCAGAUGACAUAGUUCUGUUUGGUGAAGACUGAUAAAGUUCAGAGUCUUAUGAUAGAACUGAGCAACAAUGCCUGGAUGUUUGAGAUGCGUUUCUCCCUCUCUAAAUGCAAGUUAUUGCUUUAGGACUGGCCUGCGUCAACAUGUGAACGAAUGAUAGGGAGUGAAGUAGUCGAACGCGUCGACAACUUCACUUAUCUUGGAAGUCUGAUCAGCCCUAAUGGGUUGGUUUCUGACAAAAUCUCUGCACGGAUUCGAAAAGCUCGUUUGGCUUUUGCCAACUUACGUCAGCUAUGGCGAAGGCGAGAUAUCCGUCUACCGACUAAGGGACGAGUAUACUGCGUGGCAGUUCGUUCUGUUUUAAUUUACGGCAGCGAAACAUGACCAUUAAAAGUAGAAGAAACUCGUAAACUACUAGUAUUUGACCACAGAUGCCUCAGAAAUAUUGUUGGCGUCUUCUGGAAUCACCGAGUAAGUAAUAGUGAGGUUAGACACAAGGUAAAUCAGUUGAUUAGGUUGUGAAUCUUCAUCGACUGAGAUGGUUGGGACUCGUGUUACGUAUGCUUAAAUACCGAUUACCACGACGCACAAUGCUAACUGGUGUUGGGGAUGGUUGGAAGAAAGUUAGGGGCAGCCAAACCAAAACGUGGCAUCAGUGCUUGAAGUCACUAACUUCUAGUCUGAGCCAUGUUGGUAGAUGCAGACUACUUGGUUGGGGUCCGCGUGACUAUCGUAACCAAUGGUUGGAGACUCUUGGUGACAUGGCUCAGAAUCGGUCCCAAUAGUGUCAGUGUAUACACUGUUUGUCUUCCCUUAAACGGUGAGGCUAAAAUCGCUUUAUAUAUUUCUUUUUCCAACCAAUUCUUUCUUCCUGUACUAUAUUCUUAUGCACAAUCUUUCGUUUACACAUUACUACUAUUGAAGCAACUACUAUGAAUUUGGUGUUCAUCUUGUUGUGCUAACGAGUUGUGGCAACUUGGACCGAUGCAUCUAUGUGCCUGGUCCUACGUUGUAGCUGACUGACCGAUUAUAAAUGUUGAUAAUAAACUUUAGGUGAAGAAAAUGACACUGAAUGCUAAAAAGAAAUAAUUUGUUUAUCCAUUUGGAAUUUUUUCAACAGACUAAAAGACCUGCUUGUCUGAUGAAAAUAAACAAGGAGCUUCAUUUUUGAUUUAUUAACAUAUAUUUUGUAUAGCUUACGUUUCACCUAGACACGUUUGCUAUGUUGAACUUGAAAUUUUUUGUUCUAUAACUUACUAUUAAUCUCAGUCUGAAGUAAUGUAGUGAACAUCAAGUAACUUUUAUGAGGAACGUUAGUUUUUUGCGUAAUCCAAUCUAAAGUAUGUACUACAAUUUGAUUUGAUAAAGAAACCGAAAUCGAUUUCUACUGUACAACCGAUUAUCAUUCAACUGUAUUAUGUAAUAAUUUCAAGCAUUAUGGUUGUUUAUGAAGUUCUAAAUAUUCAUGAAAAAUGUAUUUUAUCAUAAGAUAAAUAGUUAUGGAUCUGUAAUAAAACAGUAGUUAUACACACUGAUCAUUUUGAAUAGUCAGUGAUUGCUGCUGAUACAAUCCCAUGAAUGGUAAAUGAUGAUUCAAUAGCUAACUCAAAGAUGAUACCCCUGUGCAUUGACUUGACUAACAGGUAUCUACUUUUAUCUAUCAGUGGAAGGUGAUAUUCGCAGAAUAUCUUAUAGUUUUUCAUGUGACAAGCAUGAGUGGUAAAUGUUAUCACGAAAUCAAAAUUUGUGGUAGAUGAUGACCGAUGAAAAUUACUCUUUUCACUGCUUACGCAAUUGUUGUUU